GGAAUAAGAGGCAUAAUAAUGACAAAUUAAUUUACACUAACUUUUCUCACUGUUAAUCUAUAGGUAUGACAUCAUGGUCAAAUGCUGGAAUAGUGAACCAGAGAAAAGACCUUCAUUUGGUCACUUGAGCGAUAUUGUCGAAAGCCUUCUACCUGGAGAAUACAAAAAGGUACCCACACUCUUUAUGUUUAUAAGUCGACUUCUCUUAAUGUAACAUGCAUACAGUUAGUUGCUAUGUAAGCUAUUAAUGUUAGUAGUUAAUAAUAAUAAUCUUCAAUAUUAUUCACUUAAACUGAUAAAAUACAUUUAAAAAAACUAUUUGAUAGCAGUGCAGAUGUCCUUCUUUUAAGAACUCUUUCUAUAUGUCUUCCAUUUGUUUACAAUUAUAUCACUGAGCCACAGUCCAUCUAUAUUACACGUUUAACAAUGUUUAGGCAAUAAAAAAGUUAGAAAUGGUUCUUGAGUCUUUAUACAAGAAUCAAGUGAACCAGAUGUUUAUCUAUCUUUCUGGUUAAACAAAUCUAGAUUUGUCAACUUAAGUAUUAAAAUUAGCUUGAGACUCUAGGUGUAAUGGGCCCCUCUUCACAUUUGUUCCAAAAUGUUCAUUGAAUAGCUGAAUGUUAUAGAAGUAUCACACACAGUAAAGGGGGACAAAGUUGUGAAAGUUGAUAUAUCACCAUGGGACGUAGUAGAAUGUUCCUGAUGAUUCCUCUGGUUUCUGGUUCUCACACUAGAUAAGAGAUUUAUCAAGUUUAAUCACUCUCUAUUCUGGGUCAAGGUGCUCAAUGCCCAAAUACAUCCUGUUUUCCAUGGGAUUAGUCCUUAUUUUGCAAUUUGCUCCAGACUAGUGCCUGUAUUUUGUCUUUGUACAUCACCCACAUUAUGUACGAUUUGCGUCAAUUGAUCCCACAUUAAUUGUUUUCCAUUAGGGAGUUUUGGGCUGCCAGGGAUCCUCAUUCAGUGUUAAAAUUUUCAAAAAGCGUUUAACACUUAAUGGAAAAACAACGACAGGGGACUCCAGGCACUGUAACUAAUUCAAUGAGAUGAAAUGGUUAUAGUGCCUAUGGUGUUGCUUUAAAAACCUAGCCAAAAUUAUGGCAAAUAUUGAACAAGUCAGGAAAUACUAGGAAAGUUGAAGCCAGGUAUUCUUGAGUGUUACUUGACAUAAGCCUGACUACGACAGAGGUUUAUGUACCUAAACAAACACUCAUGUCCUCUGUAAUACUCCUGAGUGAUAAUAAUUCUAAAAAUAAUAAUAAUUAAACCACAUAUUUACAAAACAGAUUAUUGGUUUCUAGACAGGAUAAUUUUGCUUAGAAAUUACUAUGUAUUUUAGUUACAAUAAUAAUAACAAAUCAGCUGUAGGUACUGUUGAAAGAAAGUCUAUGGAUAAUGAAACCAAACUGGAAAAAACAUUGGUUUCAAACUGUAAACAAUGACAACUCUUGCUUUUUUUCUUGAAUCUGCAGUGUUACGAAAAAAUUCUUCAUGAUUUCCUUAAAAGCGACCAUCCAGCAGUUACUCGCAUGAGAAGCGACAGUGACAACUCAUACAUCGGGGUGACUUACAAGAAUGAACAUAAAAUGAAAGACAGGGAAAGUGGGUUUGAUGAACAACGGCUUAGUGCCGACAGUGGUUACAUUAUUCCCCUGCCGGACAUUGACCCCGUGUCAGAGGAUGAAUCAGGGAAAAGAAACAGACACAGGUAAGCAGACAUAGCAUAUGAGAGUUUACCACAGCACUUCAGAUGUUCGGAAACAACAUUUCCCAUGAUGCAUAGCCAGCAUUAAGUACAACUUAGCAUCAUGGGAAAUGUAGACUGCAAGGCAAUUGACCGUUCUAUGCAGUUAGAUGUACAUCAGGGUAGACAACAUUUGGCACUCCAAAUGACUACAUUUCCCCUAAUGCCAGCAUUACAGCUAUAAGUACAUUAUGGGACAUGUAGUUCACACAUGUGGAGUACUGAAGGUUGCCCACCCCUGUAGAUAAACACAGUUUAUUCCUCUUGUCAAGCAUGAUCUCUGCCCUAUCCUACAAGUACAAGGGUCAAAAGAAAAAUGCUAAAUUAAAUGAUUAAAUAUUAAAUAUAUAUUAAAUCCCGAUAGUAUUGCAUUUCCCUGAAUGGAAUAAAAUGAAAAAAAUCUCAAAAGCAACUAUAAGCCAUUGAAAUGUGACGCACAGUAAUAUUUAUGCUAUGACAAUUACAUGCAAUUUAGCAAUAGAAACAAAUAAAUGAAUGCUAAUUAAUUAUAAACUGGCAGAAUAGUUAAUAAAUGUACCUACAUUUUCUCUCCAGUUCACAAACGUCUGACGAGAGUGCAAUUGAGACUGGCUCCAGCAGUUCCACAUUCAUCAAGAGAGAGGACGAGACGAUUGAAGAUAUAGAAAUGAUGGACGACAUUGGGAUCGAUCCGUCAGAUCUGGUGGAAGAUAGUUUCCUGUGAUUCUUUUUUUGAUGAAUCCGUUUCAGAGAUCAAACCAUGAAUUUAAGAGAGAAAGACUGUGAAGUCCAGGGAAUUCUAAUAUUCUUUUUUUUUUCAUUUGGAAAACCACUUUAUUGCGUCGGACAAUGUGAGGCGGUGAAUUGUUUGCCUCAACAACCACAUGGUACUUGUUAUGACUUCAUAAGUACUCACAGCAUAUUUGUCAACUGGAAUUAAUGGUUGUUGCAAAGACCAAUGAUUUCUAAGCACAUCUUUGAACAAGCGGUACAUCUUUGCAUCUCAUCGUAUGUUUGUGUUUCCUUUCAAUUACAUGGACAAAUAUCAAAACAGUAGCAAUGUUUUUCAAGGGCAUUCAUAGCAACGAGGAACCGAAAUCAAAUGACUGUUGAAUUUCAUUAUUGUAUUUUUGUAAAUAAAGAAGAAAAGAUGUAAACAUAUUAUAUGGACUAACAGAAGAGACCACUCAUCGGUCCUGUGUACUUCGUACAUCAGCUGCUUUGUUAUAACUGUCAAAAGUCUUUUAAACCACUUUGGAAACUAUUAAGACUGAAAGAAAGUGCAGAACUUUUUUUUUUUUUUUUAUGAUCAAAAAGUAUUAAGCAAGAGCAUUGCAAAUAACAGAUUGUGGGUCUAUGAACUUGUUGUAGUAUCCCUUUUGUAAAAGUAUUAACAUGAAUACUAAAAUGAAUUUUUGAUAACCCAUUGUAAUUGGUUGGUAGUUUAAUUGCAUUUAACAAUCAAAUGAAUUUGGAAGAUUUUAUAAACUAACAAGGAUUAUUAGCAUAUAUUUCUAUGGAUUAGAAUUUUUAAUAAGAGCAUAGAAUUUAGCUAAUGUCAGUUAGAAAUGUGUUGUUAUAGAAUUUACUGACCACUAUAGGGUUUAGAUAACAAUGGGAUUGUAAGGUACAGUGUGCUUUUUUUCUGUUACAGUAAAUACUCACUAUUUUUACAAUGAAAAAAAAAUACAUCUAAACGAAUAGUCAGUGUUUUGUAAAUGACAAGUCACACCUCAGCCUAGUGAAAACUAAUUUUAAAAGCAAUUUUGCAGAAGUGGUUAUUUACGAAAAAUGGGUUUUAAAGGAGAUUGUAAUCUGUUAAGGCGUCACAAUCAGAAAAGUGGUACAAAGUUGUAAUAGUGAAAUAGCCUCCGAUGGUUCGAAUUUCUUCCAGAGUGAAUACACCACUUUUAGAACUUACAUCACUUUUAAUAUGAUACAUUGAUAAAUCUCCCUCAUUGUGUUUACUGAAAAAUACUCUGUGCUUAAAUAACAGAUAGUAACAACACCACACCCUGGGUUACUAAGACAUUCUAUAUGAGUCUGUAUUAACCCAUUAGGUGGUAGAAUAGUAAGGUAACAUGCUGCAAAGCGUUGCAGAGCAAGACAAUGUGUUGCACGCAACUCUGACAGUUAAAUGGUUAAUGGUAAUCUGAUGACCAAGUGGUUCUCGUGUAAUGUACGAGUAAUUAUAUAUGAAAAGUAUUUAGUUGCAGACUGUUACUUCUUUGAAUUCUAAAAAGAAUACCUGUUUAAAAGCAAAAAUAACAUAAAAUUACAUUUUUAUUUUUAUACAUUUAAUAAAAUAUUUUUGCUAAUUUCAGUAUUAAUCAUACAGACAGACAAUAUCUUCUUUAACUCAUUCCAAAUGUUAUUCAAACUAAACUGGAAGAAUUGUUCAGCAAUAAUAACAAUGUUGGACUAUGGACCAAAUAAUGUAUUUUAUUAAAAAAAAAUGUAUUUACAUCUACAGCACAAUUUUAAUGCAAGUGUAUAAUAAUUGUUUUACAUUUCUUGUGAAUAUAAAUCAAAUUUCCUGUUUAACAGCAAAAAACUGCCAAUUUCUCUGUCAUCUCUAAGAUUCAGUCUGAUGUUGACGUGCUCCGUAGCACCACUUUGUUUCUAAACAGUGCGUAUACAUACUUUAUUCAAUGAGGUCUGUAUCAAAUAGUCCUGUAUCUGAUGAAGGACGUAAGCUAUGAUGAUGUUAUACAUCAAUUUGUAUAUUUUUUUAUUACAAUAUAGUCCUUAAAUACUGCCAGACAAUUAUGUUAAGCUGUAUCACUGCCUUUGUUUAUAUUUGUUUUGACUGUGAUGUACUCCACAGAUGUGUUAACUGUUGCACUUUUAAAUGUUCAAAAUUAUAUUUUAGAAUAAUAAAAAAAAACUCAUGUUUGGAGUAACAAAGCUGUGAGUGUGAUAACAUAAAUCAUCACUAGCAUAUCUCAUUUUUGUUCACGAUGCUCAUUUUUGUAAAUAUUUU